UCAGGAAGGGGCGGAGCUAAAGCUCGCUCGCCGGGAAAGAUGGCGGCCGUCGUUCGCUGCUUUCGCGUCCCUGCGAGUGGCCUUCGGUCGCCAAGGGCAGGGUAUUGUGUUUCUCUGUCAGCAUCACCUGUUCUUCACCAUGACCGCCAAGUUCAUUACUCUGUAAUUCCCCAUGGAAAGAGUGGGCGAUCCUCUGUCAGUGGCAUUGUGGCAACUGUCUUUGGAGCCACAGGAUUCCUGGGUCGAUAUGUUGUCAAUCGCCUGGGACGCAUUGGUUCCCAAGUCAUCAUCCCAUAUCGCUGUGAUCAGUACGACCUCAUGUACCUUCGACCCAUGGGUGACCUAGGACAGCUUCUUUUUAUGGAAUGGGAUUCUCGUGACACAGAUUCUAUCCGAAGAGCUCUUGAACACAGCAAUGUUGUUAUCAAUCUUGUCGGAAAAGAAUGGGAAACAAAAAACUUCAAGUUUGAAGAUGCUUUUGUUAAUAUUCCCAGAAAGAUUGCCCAGCUCUCAAGGGAAGCUGGAGUAGAAAAAUUAAUUCAUGUUUCCCACCUGAAUGCAGAUGUGAAAAGCCCUUCAAAAUACCUUAGGAAUAAAGCUAUUGGAGAAAGAGUCGUAAGGGAAGAAUUUCCAGAUGCUAUCAUUUUGAAACCUUCUGAAAUGUUUGGGAGAGAAGAUAGGUUUUUAAAUCAUUAUGCAAAUAUGCGUUGGUUUGUUGGAGUUCCACUGAUUGCAUUUGGAAGAAAAACUGUAAAACAACCUAUCUAUGUUUCUGAUGUUGCCAAAGCAAUUAUUAGUGCUAUUAAGGACCCUGAUGCAAAAGGAAAAACAUACACAUUGACUGGCCCUCACAGAUACCUCCUUUAUGACUUGGUAGAGUAUCUAUAUGCAGUGCUCCACAGAGCUUACCUCCCGUAUCCAUUGCCUCGUCCUAUAUAUCAUUUACUUGCAAGAUUUUUUGAGACAAAUCCAUUUGAGCCUUGGACAACAAGGGACAAAGUUGAUCGGUUCCACACCACAGACAUGAGAUUCCCUAACCUUCCUGGAUUGGAAGACUUGGGUGUCGUCCCAACCCCUAUAGAGCAGAAAGCCAUUGAAGUCCUGCGGCGUCAUCGUAAAUAUCGCUGGCUGGAAGCUGAUCUUGACGAAGCAAAACCAGCUACACCUGUUACUAACAUGUAAAGAUUGAUUUCUUAAGCUUUUUCAUGUGAAGUUACAUUGAGAUUACUUGUGCGAAGAAAUCUGUAAUACAAGCUGAUUUCAUAAAUAAAUCAUGUAACCUUUAUGUUACGGUUGUUAUGGAGGAAGGUUGAAUAUGUUUAUAUUGAAGUUCCUUGCCACUCAUAUGAAUUUUGCCUCUCUUCUUCAUAUUGAGGAUUACACAUAUUCACUAGUAGGGAGAUUUUCUGAUAGCAAUUGAUGAAAAAAAAAACCUUUGGAUUGUGUUGGAAAGUAAGUGGUGAUAUUAUGUGCAGCUGCAAUGAAAAUAUAUAUAAAUUCUGUUUUGGGCAUAAUUUGAGAGUGAGUCCCUACCUUUCUAUCCUUCUACAGCUUUAAGUUAUUAAGCACACGUUUACUGUUCUGGUCACCAAACCUAAAAUCUCAGAAUGUGCAAUGCUCAGACAGAAAAGCUUUGUUCCCUUUAAGCUCUAUAACUAGUUCCAAUCCAGUUGCUAUAUAAACUAUAUGAAAUGGCC